AUUAACCUAAUGAGGCUCCUGAAGAAAGAAUAAAGUAAACGUUUGAUCGAGUUAGGGAAAAUCCAGGAAAUGGCGUCAGGACAAAGUUCGGUGGCUUCAGCACUACACAUGUCACAACGGCAGUUUAAUGUUGGCAUAUUGACAGUGAGUGAUUCUUGUCACAGUGGAAGUUCAGAAGACAAAAGUGGACCAAAUUUGAAGUUACUGACAAAUACACUACUGAACAAUGGGUUUGUGACAGCUCAGGCAGUUGUUCCAGAUGAAGUGGUAGAAAUCAAGAAGAAGUUGAUAGAAUGGUGUGAUAAAUACAAGCUAAAUCUGAUCUUCACAACUGGAGGUACUGGGUUUGCUCCAAGAGAUGUUACACCAGAGGCCACUAAGGCUGUGAUAGAGAAAGAGGCACUGGGACUAUCAGUCGCUAUGUUGAAAUCAUCACUUGAAGUCACACCCAUGGCUAUGCUGUCGAGACCAGUCUGUGGAAUAAGGGGAGGGACAGUGAUAAUUAAUUUACCUGGAAGUGCAAAGGGGUCUGAGGAGUGCUUUAGGUUUGUUCUUCCUGCACUACCACAUGCCAUAAAUCUUGUCAGGGGAGACAAGAAGCAGAUUGUUGACACACACAAAAUUGUACAGGAACAAGGCACAAGUGAUUUCUCGCAAGGGAGUCGAAGCAAAUAUUUGAAGCUGGACACCGGCAAUAAACCCUGCACACAGAAGACAGCUAGUGAAUUACUGAAGGGUAGGAAGAGAAGUUUCACAACAGGUCAGCCAACAGUGGACAACUUGCAGAAUAUUAAUGGUCGUCAAUUUGGAAGAACGGAAGAAAGGAAGAAAAUGAUGGAAGAACUGAAGGCAAGAAAACCUAUACAAGUAAAGCCUGAGACACAAGGCGUGAGAGUGUACACUGUUGUACCAGUUCUUAAAUCAGUACAGUCACCGUCUAAUGAAAAGCCUCUUGCACAACGUGUAUCAGAAGAUGAAUGGAAAAAACAAGUUUCAAAGAUAAACUCAGGGUUAUACAGAAAAGGAAUAAAUACUGAUAAAAACAAUAAAGAUAAUGCUAGAACAUUGUCAAGCUCAGCAACUAACAAUAAAGAAAGUUUAAGAAAUGCUAAAUAUGUGCUUAAUGCUCGUACAACUAAACCUUUAGACAAGACAGUUAGAAAAGAUAAGCCAGUAGAUUUUCCUGCUGAUGAUGAUGACGAUGAUGGUGGUGAUGAAGUUGAUGAUGGAAAUAACAGUGAUAAUGAUGAUAACAUAAUAAGAACAGAUGUUGAUUUCUCAACAGAGAUAAGCAGUCCUUUGAAAACAAAAAGUGGUUUGAACAAACCAGAACAGAAUUGCGAUGGGAUAAACUUUGAGAGGGAAAGGGAUUCAGUGUAUGCCAAGAUCUUGUGUGAAAUGAGUAAAGGAAAAGGACCUAUAUGUCGAAAAACAAAUGUUGAAAGAAAUAACCAUUCAGAAAGCAUAGACAGUUUAAGAAAUUUGAAACAGUUCGCAAGCAAAGAUGCAUCAGCGGACGCUGUUAGUAAAGACAGUAUUGAAACUGCACUCAGUGAAGACAGUGAUAGUGCAGUCAAAAGUUUACCAUCGCAGUCCGAAAUAAAAAAAGACAAGGUUAAAUUUAACUUAAGUAGAGUUAUAAGCAGAAGUGUGAGUGUGAAUACUGAUGAAGAUAUUGAUCAGAACAAAUCACAAAAUCGCGUAAUUAGUAAGAAAGCAAAGAUACAUUCUAGAGAUGCUGAAGUUUGUUUUGCUCAGGUGGGCAGAAGUGCAAAGAUUUGGAUGCAAGAACAUCCUCAGAUCAAAGGCAUAUACCUCAACAAAGGCAAACGUGAAGUGAAGAGAAACAUCGUGUCACUGAAGCGGUUGCCAACUGCUGUAGAUAAAGGUAGUUACAUGAGGAAUGGGAGAAUCAAUGAUAAAAAUAGAAUCGAUGAUGGGUUUGUUUUCACAGAAGAAGGACAAAGCAGACGAGAUUUGUUUGAAGAAGGAAAAGUUCGAGAUGAAUACGUAGUCAACUGGUACAUGUGGUGCCCUGGUCAUGGGAACUGUAAACGAAAAUGUGGCGGGUUUGGAAAAUGCGAAGAAGGCUGCACUGGUAACAGACAUAAGCAAGAUCGUCACAACUGUUCACUCAUGAUUAAUUGGAAGCUUUAUUUGAGUGAUCUUGAUAAAUGGAGGAUUCAGAUUACUGGAUCACAUGUGCCGAUUAGUAUGGAUUGGAUAUUGCCAUAUGGAGAAAAAGAAAGAUUUGAUGAAGAUACAAGAGAUCUGAUUAUAGAAUGCUCACAAAAGGCAGCGGACGAUAUUGAGAUUAAGGAGCUUAUAGCACAGAAACAGAAGUUUGCAUCACCAAGAGCUAUUCCUUCGUGCCAGAGAAUAAAAAGAUUUAGAAAAAAUAGAAUCUAUAAAGAAAUGACAAGGGACCAAAAUGUGAGAGACACUCUAGAGGUUAAAGAGCAUCCUGUUUCUAAUGAGAUUGAAACUACCAGAGAGAUUCAAGAACAGGUCGAUGGUAAUAUGCCGAUGGUACCGUUGAGUGACGAUUGCAAUGCAGAGGGUGAAGAAAAGCAUGCUGAUGAUACUGCUGUCUCAAUAAAGGAUACUGCGUAUGAAGAACAGAAAAGUGUGGAGGUGGUACAGGAUGAAACUGGACAGUGGAAAGCUGUUGAAGGACCAGGUAGUGAGGGCUGUGUUGUGUCAUACUAUGAUGGUGCACACAUGUCUGGCAACAUGUCUAUGGAUGCAACUAGUGACAAUCAAGUUGAUCAAGGGAUGCUUCAUCAAUCUUAUGAUAGUCAGAAUAUAGCACAGACUUUACCUUUGGAAGUCAUAAGUUGCAACUCAUCUUCUCAGUUAGGAUUUGCAGCAGGAAACACACCAAACAUACAAGAGAGUGGAUCAGAAAUGGAAUUAAUAGCAGUUCCAGUGUCACAGUCGGCGCCACUUGAUGCUGUUUCCAUGCAUCCUGUGUCGCAGAUUCCGACAGUAGUGAAUGCAUUACCAGUGAUAGUUGGUGGUGACGCUAAUGGACAGCCGUGCUAUGGGAACUUUGGAGAUAUCGCUUUCUUUGUUUGUCCACAGGACUCGAAUCUGCAGGGACAAUAAAACACGACAACUGCAAAAGAUUGCUUUUGCUGUAUACAUGUAUUUACGACAGCAAAGCUGCUACGUUUUCGUACUUUUUUAACAAAUGACACAUUUUCUUGGGGUUUAGAAACGACUAUUUUUGCUGUUUAGGAUAUCCAGUUUAUAUGUUUUCGUUCAUUAAUAUUUUUGUUGGCUGUGGAGGGGCGCAUUUUGAUUGAUGUUGUUCAUCUCUUUGACUAACCUUCAUUUCUUCCUUUCUCAUUGAGAAGUAAGUUAAAAAAAUCUGGAGUCUUAAAACAAAAUAGGAUUUCUAUUCAGUGUCUAAGUUUGUGCGCUGGGGUUUCAUUUUCGAUUUCAGUCAGUAAAACCACAGAGUUAUGGAUCUUGAUUUAGUCAAAAUAUGUAGGAAUGUGUGUGAAGUUGUGCACCUGUGGUUUUGUUUUGGAUAUGGCCUUUGCACAAAGGGCUUAAAAGUUUAUGGCAUAUGUCUCAGAAGUAUUUGACCUAAUGUUAUGAGACUUUGUAGGAAUGUCAUUUGACAUAUGAAGUUGUGCAUCUGGGGUUUUAUUUGAGACCCACCUUCUCAAAAAGCACUUUCUGUGCUCUUUCAGUUUCUUUCGUCUUCUUUUCAUGUUGUGAUGUUUGGUAGAAUCCUCUCCUAAUGCCUUUGACCUCUGACACGCAACUCAGAUGUUGUUUUUUGCUCUUUUUUCUACUGUAAUUAUAUCAUUCUCUAGAAAUUACUUUUUCAGUUUUAAUUCCUUGUCAAUGAAUAGUUUACGUAGUACUGCAGUAACAAGUAACUUAUGACCAUGAAGUGGUAGUAAGUAGGGGCACUAGUGUUCUGUGUACACACGUCUAGUUUACUCUUAAGGUAUUAGGCCCAUAAUAGAGUACCUCCUUUUUGAAGAGUAUUCAAUUCCUACAAUAAACAUACUUUGACUGCAAUUUUCAGGGGGGCGUAGGUUCAAGCCCCACUAGGACCAAAUUUUUUUCCCCUUAUUUUCCUUUUUUCUAGUAAGUUUUUACUUCUUUCAAGACUUUUUAUUGAUUUAUUGUACAAAAGUGGAAAAAAAAAUCAUUUGAUAUGCGAUUUCUUGCUGUUAGAAGUGAAUUUACCUCUGAAACAGAAGGGGUAGAGUUAGACAUCUUUAAAAAUACUGAGUAAAAGUUCUCUAUUUUGCCUUUAUUCUUUAGAUUACAUAUUAUGGAAGAAAUGUAGGUAGGUUUUACUUCUGCCCAAAUGUUAUUUUUGAAUAAAGUAAGCAAAAUGCAAAACAGACCCGCAGGAAUCGACCUUAAUGUUUCAAUAUUGGAGUUGGAAUUCUGUCUGAUUAAAUCCGUUUUCUCGAGGCACCCUAGAAAAAAUGAUAUUGACAGUUUUUAUUUUAAGUUUAUGAUUGUUUACCAAUAGUUUGAUGUUUCUUUUAUAAAAAAUAAUGGCAUAAUGAAUUCUCUGCAAACGUUUUGGAUAAAGGCCACCACUCUGAAAUUUGUCUCUACUUGAGCUUUAGGAAAUACCAUAAAUUAUACAAAGUUUAUAAAAAACGGCACGGUAAAAGUUUUUAAAAAUUUGCAUAUAAGUGCGAAGCAUGGUCAAUUGUAAGAAUAUACCAAGCAAAUGCCAUUUUUAGCUCAUCUGAUUUUUUGAAAAAAAAUGAUGAGUUAUUGUCAUCACUUGAGCGGUUGUCGGCGUCGGCGUCGGCGUCGGUGUCGGCGUCGGCGUCUGCGUCGGCGUUGCUUGGUUAAGUUUUAUGUUUAGGUCAGCUUUUCUCCUAAACUAUCAAAGCUAUUGCUUUGAAACUUGGAAUACUUGUUUACCAUCAUAAGCUGACCCUGUAUAGCAAGAAACAUAACUCCAUCUUGCAUUUUGCAAGAUUUAUGGCCCCUUUUGUACUUAGAAAAUAUCAGAUUUCUUGGUUAAGUUUUAUGUUUAGGUCAACUUUUCUCCUAAACUAUCAAAGCUAUUGCUUUGAAACUUGGAAUACUUGUUCACCAUCAUAAGCAGACCCUGUACAUCAAGAAACAUAACUCCAUCUUGCUUUUUGCAAGAAUUAUUGCCCCUUUUGGACUUUGAAAAUCAGUUUUCUUGGUUAAAUUUUAUGUUUAGGUCAACUUUUAUCCUAAACUAUCAAAGCUAUUGCUUUAAAACUUGCAACAGUUUUUCACCAUCAUAAGUGGACCCUGUACAGCAAGAAACAUAACUCCAUCCUGCUUUUUGCAAGAAUGAUGGCCCCUUUUGGACUUAGAAAAUAUCAGAUUUCUUGGUUAAGUUUUAUGUUUAGGUCAACUUUUUCUCUUAAACCAUCAAAGCUAUUGCUUUAAAACUUGCAACUGUUGUUCACCAUCAUAAGCUGACCCUGUAAAGCAAGCAACGUAACUCCAUCCUGCUUUUUGCAAUAAUUAUUGCCCCUUUUGGACUUAGAAAAAUCAUUUUCUUGGUUGAAUAUUAUGUUUAAGUCAACUUUUCUCUUAAACUAUCAAAGCUUUUGCUUUAAAACUUGCAACAGUUUUUCACCAUCAUAAGUGGACACUGAACAUCAAGAAACAUAACUUUAUCCUGCUUUUUGCAAGAAUGAUGGCCCUUUUUAGACUUAGAAAAUCAUGGGUAGGAUAAUAUUUCUAUUAUACAAAAAAAUCAGAUGAGCGUCAGCACCCGC